AUGGCAUGUAGGAGAGGACGGCCACGUUCACGUGCAGACCACAGUGAGGGACAUACACCCAGUAACAUGGACCAGCUUACUUUCAAGUACAUGGAGAUGUGCAAAGUGGAAACCAGCUCAGAUUCUGACUCAGAAAUCAGUCCAAGAUGGUCAGACACCAGUAUACUGGGAAGUGUGAGCAGAGCACCAGGGCGUGGGCCUUCACGACGGGCAUUUCCAUUAACAUAUAAGUCCACAGGGAGGCAAGCCUGUUAUUCCCUGUUAUUGGACCCAUACGAUGGGAGCUCAGAGGAUUCUGACAAGUCAAACAUUGAUGUUUCCAGUCGGCAAACAAGGCACCAGAGUAAGGGUGGAGGAGGAUGUCGCCUUCCAAGCCAACGAAGGCGAUUCAUCUCUCACCAUCCUGCCUCUGUUGCUCUCAGAGAAAGAUUAAAAAAUGGGAUGAAAGAUCUUUUAAUGGAUCAGCAGCCUACAGUCUCCAAAGACAGCAGCGAUGUCCAACCAAAAUGUGAAAGUGACUCUGAGUUGUGGGACUGUGAGCUUGAUACUCUCUCCUCUAAUAGUGGCAAGGAUGGCUAUGGAAUUAUUACAGAGGAAAUGGUGACCGAUUCAACAACGCACGUCCAAAACCUGUUGGAACUUAAUGACUCGGGUUGGCACUCCAGAAGAUCCUCCACACCUCACACGCCAGGCUUUCAAACCUCAGUGGAAACCAGUUCAUCUCAGAUGGUGGACAGCUGCUCGGAGAGAUCUCCCAGCUCCUGCAACCGCAGAUCUCUCUGGAAGAGAAAGGGGUGCUUUCCUGGAAUAGAAGGUGUUGAGCUAAGAUCAAGGAAAAGGCAGUGUGUGGCUAACAUGGAAGUUGAGGAAAAAGAAACCGACUGA